AUGAUUGCAAAACCAACAAGUCAACUCACAAAAUCUACAAAUUCAAUUGAAAAUUUACCUCCCUUUAUAAUAGGAGGAGCAGUUUUCAAUCAUCAAUAUUCAAAAAAUCCAGAAUCUUUACCAAUUGAAUCCAUAUUAAAAAAAGCUUUUUCAUCAGGAUUUAAUGCAAUAGAUACAUCACCUUAUUAUGGACCAUCUGAAGAAUUAUUAGGGUCCGCUUUAAAAAAUUUAAGCACUGAAUUUCCAAGAGAUUCAUAUUUCAUAUGUACUAAAGUUGGACGUAUUAAAUUAAAUGAAUUUGAUUAUUCUCCUUCAAAUGUUAAAUUUAGUGUUGAAAGAUCUUUAAAAAGGUUAAAUACAAAUUAUUUAGAUGUUGUAUAUAUGCAUGAUAUUGAAUUUCAAUCGUCUGAACAAAUUUUAGAAGCAUUAAAAGAAUUAAAGAAAUUUAAAGAAAAAGGAGUUAUUAGAAAUAUUGGUAUAAGUGGAUAUCCUGUUAAAUUUUUAUAUGAAAUUGCAAUUAUGUGGAAAGACAAAACUGGAGAACCAUUAGAUAUUGUACUAUCUUAUUGUAAUGGUUGUUUACAAAAUAAUAUUUUAUUUGAAUUUUAUGAUAAAUUUAAAAAUGAAGCAGGUAUAAAACAAAUCUUGAAUGGUUCGAUAUUAUCAAUGUCAUUGUUGAGAUCUGAACCUCCACAUUCAUUCCAUCCAGGUAGCAACGAACUAAAGCAAAAAGUUCAAGAAUUAUACACUGAUUUAAAAAUUGACUUAGCUGAAUUAUCUACUAAAUAUGCAAUCAACGAAUGGUUAAUUAAGUAUAAAAGUCCAAUAGUGUUAGGUGUUUCUAGUAUUAAAGAAUUGGAUGUUGCAAUUGACUCUUUAAGAUCACUUGAGGAAACAGGAUUGCUGGAAUCUGAUGCAAACUUGAUCAAAACAUUUCAAAAAGGAUUAUGUGAUCAUUGUAAUGAAACUUGGGUUAGUGGGAACCAUUGA